CCUCGAUCGUCUAUAAAUACCAAAGCUGCAGCCUCUCUCUUCCUCAUACAUAUUUGCCGUUCAAAGUUUCAAUACCAGCAACUUACUUCAUCAAGUUCAGCUAGCUAACAAUUACGUACUUAAAGAGUCCCCAACGUUAGAUACGUCCUUUUUAGAUGGCCAUGAAGAGAAUGAGAUCAGAAGAUAUUGUAGGGAAUAAAGACAGCUUAAACGACAUGGCAAAGUGUCUGAUGCUGCUAUCUCAUGGAGGUGGCUUAACAGAUACAAAGCCCAAUACAUGUCCACAUCCGGUUGAUGUCUUCGAGUGCAAGACAUGCAACCGUCAGUUUUCAUCAUUCCAAGCGCUGGGUGGCCACCGAGCCAGCCACAAGAGGCCAAGAUUAAUGGGGGAAGAACACAAGGUGGAUAGGACCAAAUUGCAGAGUUCUGGGAACAAACCCAAGAUGCAUGAGUGCUCGAUAUGUGGGCAGGAGUUUUCCAUGGGCCAGGCUCUUGGUGGGCAUAUGAGGCGGCAUAGAGCGAACGAAGGGUUAUCUUCCAUUAUGAAUCCUCUAGAUCACGCCAAAGUGCCGACGCUGAUGAAGAGAUCUAACAGUACGAGGGUUGUCUGCAGCUUGGACUUGAACUUGACGCCCUUGGAGAAUGAUUUGAAGUUAUUAUUUGGGAAGAUGGCUCCUAAAGUCGAUCUUCGUUUGAUGAUUAUGGCCAUGAAGAGAAUGAGGCUAGGAGAUGUAGGGAAUAAAGAUGGCUUAGAUGACAUGAUGGCGAAGUGUCGGAUGCUGCUGUCUCAUGGCCGCGGCAUAGCAGAUACAAAGCCGAAAACAUGUCCACUUCCGGUUCAUGUCUUCGAAUGCAAGACAUGCAACCGUCAGUUUUCAUCAUUCCAAGCGCUGGGUGGCCACCGAGCCAGCCACAAGAAACCAAGAUUGAUGGGGGAAGAACACAAGGAUCAGACCAAGUUGCAGAGUAAUUCUGCAGGGAAUAAAAAACCCAAGAUGCAUGAGUGCUCGAUAUGUGGACAGACGUUCUCCAUGGGGCAGGCUUUGGGUGGGCAUAUGAAGCGGCAUAGAGCGAAUGAAGGGUUAUCAGCUUCCAUUCUGAAUCCUCUAGAUCACGCCAAAGUGCAGGUGCUGAUGAAGAGAUCUAACAGUACGAGGGUUUUCUGCAGCUUGGACUUGAACUUGACACCCUUGGAGAAUGAUUUGAAGUUAUUAUUUGGGAAGAUGGCUCCUAAAUUCGAUCUUCGUUUGAUGAUUUGAUUUAUAUGAUCACUGAUCAUCGAUCACACAUGUAUUGAUUCUUUUUCCAUUCAUAUUCAUUAAUUUAUUUUACG